UCUUCUUUCCGACAUUUUUUCACGACUCCUGAACCCUUCCUCUUACAGAGAACAGACACAUUUCUAAAAAAAAACUGUUUUUUUGUUUGGUCUUUGCUUCGUUUACUGUUGGUUUCUGGUUAACAAUGGCGCGACCGCAACAACGGUACAGAGGCGUGAGACAGAGGCAUUGGGGUUCAUGGGUCUCCGAAAUUCGCCACCCUUUACUGAAAACGCGAAUAUGGUUGGGGACGUUCGAGACGGCGGAAGACGCGGCGAGAGCAUACGAUGAGGCCGCGAGGCUCAUGUGCGGUCCGAGGGCGCGAACCAAUUUCCCUUACAACCCAAACGCGCCGCUCACUUCUUCCUCCAAGCUCCUAAACGCGACUCUGACCGCCAAACUCCACAAAUGUUACAUGGCUUCCCUUCAGAUGACCAAACAGCAGCAAAUGCAGAACGCAAGAUCGCCCCCACCUCCGCCGCAAACGCAAUUCCGCCAGACGCUAAAGAAACCGGCUGAAGCUGACGGCGUCAAUGUGGCAGCCAACGGGAUGCGUGGCGGGAAUUACGAAAACAGAGGAGUCUCUGCGUCUGGGAACGCAAACGCGGAGUGGGCCAAUUGCGCGUUUGAAAACGUGAAUCUGCAGCAACAAUUCAAGCCCCUUGAAGAAGAUCACGUGGAGCAAAUGAUAGAGGAGUUGCUCCACUACGGCUCAAUCGAGCUCUGCUCUGUUUUACCCGCUCAGGCGCUGUGAAGAGCAGCUCUGUUCGUUUCAGUGUAGCCCUCUUCUGCGUUUCAGAAAACGGCGUUUCAAGCGAUGAGUAGUGAGAGUAGCAAAAUGGUAAGAGAGA